GACCACCCAGAUUUACGCGCUUGCGCAUUGCCGGCCGCGCCGCGCCCCGUGGCCUCCGGGGCUGGCGCGGGAUAUGGUGCUUUCCGAGCUGGCUGCGCGCCUCAACUGCGCCGAGUACAAGAACUGGGUUAAGGCGGGCCACUGCCUGCUGCUGCUGCGCGGCUGCCUGCAGGGCUUCGUCGGCCGCGAAGUGCAGGCCUUCCACCGUGGCCUGCUCGCCGCCUCCCCCGGCCUGGAUCCCCGCGCCACCUGCCUCAGCGGCUCGCGGUGUAUCCCGCGCGCCCGCCAGUUUCAGCCUCAGUGUCAGGUGUGCUCAGAGUGGAAACGGGAGAUUUUGAAACAUCACACCAACAGAAAUGGAGAUAUCCACUGGGGAAACUGCCGGCCGGGCCUCUGGCCCGUGGACGCUUGGGAGGUGGCCAAGGCCUUCAUGCCCCGAGGACUGGCAGACAAAACAGGACCCGAGGAAUGUGAUGCGGUUGCUCUUUUAAGCCUCAUCAACUCCUGCGAUCACUUUGUGGUUGAUCGAAGGAAAGUCACAGAGGUGAUUAAGUGCCGUAAUGAGAUCAUGCACUCUUCAGAGAUGAAGGUAUCUUCUUUGUGGCUUCGAGAUUUCCAGAGGAAGAUCCAAAAUUUUCUGAAUGAAUUCAGGAGUAUCCCAGAGAUUGUGGCGGUGUACUCCACAAUUGAACAGCUGUUGACAUCUGACUGGGCUGUUCACAUCCCCGAGGAGGAUCAUCGAGAUGGGUGUGAAUAUGAAGCAGGCGUUCACCUGAGUGUGAGCCAAGUAAAUGAAAUAGAAAUGGAAUUACUAAAGGAAAAACUUCAAGAGAUGUAUCUUCAAGCAAAAGAACAAGAGGUGUUGCCUGAAGAGAUCUCAAAUCAACUGGCAGUGGUAAAAGAAUUUCUAAGAAAAAACAAGGAUCUUAGAACUGGUCUUACAGAAGAUAUGCAGAAGCUAGACAGCCUCCAUCUGCAGCAUCAAAAACUGGAGUCAAAGGAACCGGAGGCACAGACACCUGAAGGGAAGGCCUGAGGCGCCCAGACAUUGGAAUACACGUAAAGCCUCAGGCCACGGUGGCUGAAUGUGAGAGUCUGGAGUCCAGAGAUAACAUUAUCUUAAAACAGACCAAACCCCAGGAAGCGAUGUCAGCCCUCGAACCUGCCUGACCGACUCCCCCUUUCCUUUGUUCUUUUUCUUGUGUACCUACAGAGGAACGGGGAGAUGGCCUUUGGACAGGAGUCCGCCAUCCUCCCGGAUGCCAGCUUUCUAAAUAAACCUGCU